GUGCGGUCUGAGGCCACACAGCAGCUGCUCCACAGUCUCUCUCUUACGCAGUGUCUCGGAGGCAAAGUGGCAGCAUGGCCGCUCACAACCAACCCUCGCAGGACUUCAACAGAUGAAGAAACCAAUUUCUUUGAAUUUCUUUCUGCUUACAGCACCACAAAAAAAAAAAAAAAAAAACAGCUUCGGGAGACUACAUCUACUGUCGGCGGGAAUUCGUCUUUAUGCGCGGUGGUUGUUUUCGGCGGCGGCAGCAGCAGCAGUUCUUCAGCCUGGUUCGCCUGUCAAACUGCGUGCUUACAUCGACGCUAAGCUAGCUCAGCUGCUAGCUUGGCCGGUUUGUUUCGUUCGGAGCUGGUGCGUAGGUGAUGUUGUCCGUGCUGUCUUACGGUAGACUUGUUGCCAGAGCUGUCAUCGGCGGGCUUUCUCAGACAGACAGCCGCGACUACAGCCUGGUGACGGCGAGCUGCGGCUUCGGCAAAGACUUCCGCAGAGGCAUCCUGAAGAAAGGGAUGUGUUAUGGGGACGACGCGUGCUUCAUCGCCCGGCACAGGUCCGCCGAUGUUUUGGGUGUAGCAGAUGGAGUUGGUGGCUGGAGAGACUAUGGUGUGGACCCGUCGCAGUUUUCCAGUACACUGAUGAAGACGUGCGAGAGGCUGGUGAAGGAAGGACGAUUUGUCCCCAGCAACCCGGUGGGAGUCCUUACGACCAGCUACUACGAGCUACUACAGAACAAAGUGCCUCUACUGGGUAGCAGCACCGCCUGCAUCGUGGUGUUGGACAGGCAGAGUCACCAGCUGCACACAGCCAACCUGGGAGACUCGGGUUUCCUGGUGGUCCGGGGCGGGGAGGUGGUCCACCGCUCAGACGAACAGCAGCACUACUUUAACACACCCUUCCAGCUGUCCAUUGCUCCUCCCGGGGCGGAGGGAGCCGUGCUCAGCGACAGCCCAGAAUCUGCUGACAGCUCCUCCUUUGACGUGCAGCUAGGUGACAUAAUCCUCACCGCCACCGAUGGGCUGUUCGACAACAUGCCUGAUUAUAUGAUCCUCCAAGAGCUGAAAAAACUGAAGAACUCAAACUAUGAGAGCAUUCAGCAGACGGCCCGCAGCAUCGCAGAGCAAGCUCAUGUACUGGCAUAUGACCCCAACUACAUGUCACCUUUUGCACAGUUUGCAUGCGACAACGGACUGAAUGUCAGAGGAGGAAAGCCAGACGACAUCACAGUGCUGUUGUCCAUCGUGGCAGAAUACACAGACUAGAACCUGCAAGCCGGGACGUCGCUAAUCUGCCUCUGGAAGCGAUGAACUGCUUCAAUUCCUGCUGGCCAGGAUGUAGGUUUGACAUCUGAUGCUUCCUCCACAUCUACAGGAUCCACUCUGCUGAAGAGCCGACCCAAACGCCCUUUUUGUUCUCCCAUAAAAAGUACCGCCAGAUAGAGGUCAAAUUAUGCAAACGAGAGGCCUAAAACACACUUCUGUCUCAGUUGGACUGUUGGCAUCUUUGUAGUUUUCCACUGCUCACUUGCUAAUCCCAUUGCCAAGGAUCAGUAGUCAUUGGUUGGAAAUGAAGCAUCCAGUUUGAGGUCAAGUCCCUCUCUUUUCUGAUGGGAGGCUGGGGUGAGGAGAAAGUCCAGGCUAGGAUGUAGCCAACGGCUGCCGCCCGAGUCUCCAUAAGGGAAUAAAACGUUCUUAGGCGUACAGAGAGAAUGGCGGCUUUAGGGCUCAAUAACCAAGCUGCAGUUUGUAGAUGUUU